CUUACAGGAGCAGCUUGAUGACUGGCCAUGGCAAACAGAGAUCGCUUUAAUGGGGCUAAUGCAGGAACCUUUAAGUGUUUCUUUGAGGACAUUUGUGUGCCCAUACUGUCAGAAUAAUGGAUUUGAUGAACUUCAACUACUAAAUCACUGCAAUAUCCACCAUGCCAGCGACAGCAGACGUGUGGUGUGUCCAGUGUGUGUAGCGACACCUCACGGAGAUCCACAAUACUACAGCCGCAACUUCAUCGGCCACCUCAACCAUCGCCACUGCUUCUACCUGGAGGAUAUAACUCCCCUCCAGCAGUCCGAUGAGGUGAAUCUGCAGCUCGCGCUUAUGGCGUCUUAUCAACAACAUUAAACCGCAUUUUCAGUUCUCAGACAUGGUCUGGACAGCAAAAACGAUGACAUUCAUGAAUCACCAGGAUAUUAAUAAACUAAAGAGAUGGCGGUGAAAGAUUGAAGAUAUGAUGAUGAGGUAUAUUAUCGAUUAUAUAAUGGCGUCCCACAUGGAAAUAGGCUAUUACAAUUAUAUA